AAACCCGUUUGAGUUUGACUUAGUCACUUCGGAGAGGAACUAAAAAGAAAAGAGUUUGAGAGAGAGACAGAGAGAGAGAGAGAGAGAAACUCAAAGUGAUAAAUUUUCAAUCUUUGGCUCAUGGGUAUUUAGAGAGAGAGAGAGAGAGAGAGAGAGAGAUUUGAGACCCACUUGGGGUUUUCUUCUUUACUGCGAAAAUGGUUGCAAGAACCCCACAAAAACUGAAGAAAAUGGUAGCACCUAUCAAUCCGGUCCUACUCAGAGAAACUGUAAAGAAGGUGGAUAGGUGUAUGGCUAGGCUGCAAGAGCUACAAUACACAGUGUCAGGUGGGACAAAGGUGAUAUCAGGGGUGAGUCUAAGCCCUCGCAGUACCAGGGGUUAUCUGAGGACCAGUCUCAGAUGCAAGCAAGAGUCUGCAAGGAUCAAGAAUGCUACCUCUAAGAAAUCUCCAGUGGGGAAGUUUCCAGCUCACACAGGAGAGGAAUGGCGUAGAAUGUCAUUACCAGCAAUGCUUGUAGGUGAAACGGUUGGAGAAAUUCUACAAGCAAGCCAAUUUGCAAGAGAAAUAGUAGCAGCAGUUGUUAACAAAACCAAGAAAAUCACACUUGAUGAUCCUAAAACUCCAGUAACUCAACGGAGGAACCAGAGGCCACAACCAGAAAACACAGAACUCAGGACUAGAAGAAAGAGGGAGAAGCAAAACAAAUUGCAAUUGAUUCGAUCAGAGUCUGAUACACCAUCACUUCAAAGGGCUCGUUCACGAAUCAACUUCAAAGUUUCACCCCCAAAGAUUAGAGAAUUGGACAAAGAAAAUAGCCGAUAUUUGGCAAAUAGAAUAUCCCCCAAGAAUAGACCAUGGGCUAAAAAGACAGUUUUAUUCCCCAAUCCUUUGUUCUUGUCUACAGCUUCUGCACAGCAACAGAAGUUUUGCAAGACAAGGUCUCCAGUUAUAGCAAGAAACAAACAAACACCACAUAAGUUCUUAAUUAAGUCUCCACCAUCAGCUUCUUCCAAGUUUCAAGUCAAGAUCAAGAGCCCCCCAGUGGUUUCUCUUUCUCCCACUAGGCAUACAAGUUUGAGCAAGAAGUCUCCAAAGAUGUCAACUGCAUCAAAGUUGCGCCGGUCUUUCUCUCCUUCAAGACUGGCAACUAGAUUGGUGUCUCCAUUGAGGAGCAGAAAGGGUGUACAGAAGAUUGAUGGGCUAAUGAGUGGAUUGAAGCAGCGUCCAGCUGUGACACCAAUGCGAUUCUAAAGAUUGAACGUUUUGUUUGAUACUUUCUUGUUGUUCAUAGUUGAUUCUUUUUCUUUGUGGGGAUAUGAGUUUGGUCAUUCAAAGCAUUUGCUGAUGUACAAGUUUGCAAAUAAUUCAUAAAUUCUCAUUGUUUAUGAUACUUUCUUGUUGUCCAUCAUAGUUAAUUCUUUUUCUUUUGUGGGUUUGAGUUUGGUCAUUCAUAGCAUUUGUUGAUGUACAAGUUUGCAAGAUA